AUGAGUACACUAAAAAAACCAUUAAAAGACGAAACAAAUUUGGCAUAAAACGCAUUUAAAAAUUAGAAAGAAAGCUAAAUGGACUCUAAGCUUGCAAAUCCUUUUUAAGUAAUCUAUAAAAUUGAGAAUAUAAAUGCAAAUAUUAAAAUGGAUGAAAAUGGAAGUGAAAAAACAAUUUUAAAGAUUAUGCUAAUGAUUAGCUUUUUAUUUUAAAUAUCUAGUUUUGUGCUAAUCAUUUUGAAUGUAUAACUAAGAUUACUUGGAUUAGAAAGUGAAUCAAAGAUUAUUGGAAUAGAAUUUACUUACUCUCUCUUAUCGCUGCUCUCAUUUAUUACAUAUAUUUAUUCAUUAAAUGAAAUUGAUCAUUAAGGACUUUAAAGUCUUUCUAAAUUAUUUAAGAUAUCUCUUCUUUUCGCACUACUUACUUUAGUUCUAGGUAUAUGCGUUUUCGGUAUAGUAGUAAAUGAAGAUUUGAGCUGCUACGCUGUAUAAAAAGGAAUUAUUUGCAAUAAAAUUAACUUAUAAAAUACUACCAACUCAAGUGAUUAAGAAUGUUUAGUUAAGCUACCUUCUAACAUAUGUGAUUCUAAUAGUGUUACAGGUGCUGUAAAAUACACAAUACUAAUACUUAGUGGUGUUCCACUCAUAUUAAUUUUUAUAGUGAAUUUUAAAUUUUAUAGAUAUUGCUAAAGAUUAAAUACCUCAAAUUAAAAUUAGUAGAAUUUAGAUAAUAGCAGUUCUUAAAAAUUAAUUAGCAAUCCUGAUAUUGAAGAUAAAUCUUAAUAAUAUAUAACUAGGGGUAAGGUUAAUCCUUUUAAGAUAGACUCAACAACUAAAAAGAGCUUUUUGUUUGCUUAACAAAAUAUUUCAGCAUAGUAUUCAGCAAAUAAUAUUAGCAACGACUAGUUAUGA